AUGUCUCGAGACAAUGACGGCGUGGAGGAGAAGGAAAAAGGAGACAAGGGAACAUUGUUGAAGUGGGAUGCCAUUCUACCGGACGAACUCCUGCAGAAGGUGCUCUCCUUUUUGCCCACCGCCAACAUCAUCAAAUUGGGCAUCGUGUGCAAACGGUGGUACGAGAAGGUGCUCUCCUUUUUGCCCACCGCCAACAUCAUCAAAUUGGGCAUCAUGUGCAAACGGUGGUACGAGGUGGUUCACUCCUAUUGGAUCUGGACGAUCCCUAGACAUAGUGACGGCGAGGUGGAGGAGGAGGAGGAGGAAGAAGAAGACGACAUUCUAUUUCUACCGGACGAACUCCUGCAGAAGGUGCUCUCCUUUUUGCCCACCGCCAACAUCAUCAAAUUGGGCAUCGUAUCCAAACGGUGGUACAAGGUGGUUCACUCCAGCCCCCCGUUGUCGUGGCCGAUGAUGGCGCCACAGAAGCCGUUGUUCUUCAGGCGCUUCUUUAACGACGCCGGCGACUUUUCGGGCUGCGUAUACGACCCUUGCUUCCUCCGGUGGUCCAACUUCGACGACUUCCUCCACUCAGACAUCCAGUUCACGUCCUCCUCCUGCGGCCUGGUCUGCUUAAUGAACCACGAUGACAGGAACCACUUAUUGGUCGGCAGUCCCAUCAAGAGAGACUGGAAGCUGCUUCAAGUCCCCGGCUGCUCUGACUCCUUCAGAACGAUGGCCUUGUCGUUCGACCGCAGCACGCGCGGCUACACCGUGGUCGUCGCCAAGUGCAGCCGCACCCAGCAAUUGCAAUGGAACUUAUCGGUCCACAUCUACCAAUCGACGACGAAAUCGUGGGCCACUCACUACGCCCAAGACCUCGACCUCUGGAAAUUCAAACACAAGGCCGUCAUAUGCGACGGCGUGCUCUACCAAUUCAUCUACCAUCCGUUUCUGACCCCCAACUUAAUGGCGUUCGACCUCAUCAAGCCGCCCUCUAGCAUUCACCCUCUGAUUCCUAUGCCAUUCCCUUGUGCCUGUGCUGGAUUGAUCAACCUGUCGAACAAAUUGGUCAUGGUCGCAUUGCUCAACUGGGACUGGCCGCACGAGGGAGCGGUGAUUUUAGAACUUGAGGAUAAGAAAUGGCGGGAGGUGGCUCAAAUGCCGAUCUCCAUGUACAAGAAGUUAGGUGGAUAUUAUUUAAACUCCUGCGGCGCCGGGGACUUACUCUUCAUGCACUCCCCAAUGUGUCCGGAGCUACUGACCUUCGACAUGAAGCAGAAGGUGUGGAAAUGGGUGAGCCACCCCUACACUGAGAGGUCGCUCUUCUGCUUCAAACAGGGAGCCUCAGUCUUCUGCGACCUCUGCUUCGGCUUUUGCUUCGAACCGAGACUCGACGUCUCUUCUUGA